UUGUAUAAAUCACAAUCACCAAUGUUGUUUUUGUUUAUAGGUUUAUUGUGUUGAAGAAAAUUAAAAAUUACAGAGCCAUAUUGAAAAUUCUGACAACACAGAAACAUUGAAUUACAGAUGAACCAAGUGUAGAGUUCGAAAUACAUAUAGUGUAGUGAAAAUUAUAAAAAUAAAGGACAUAAAACCAAAAGCUUUAAAGAAACAAGAGCUCAUGAGAUUCAUCAAGACAUUUUCAGUUCUUGUUUCUAUGUUUUAUGAACAUGGAUAUAUGAGUUUUGCAUUUUAAAUUUGCCUAAAUUAACCUUGACAAGGAUGUGAAACUGCUAGUGACAUUUUGUCAAAAGGUGUCACUAGAAACUAGAAUGAGUUGGUGAAAUUUUUCCAAAUGCAUAAAGCAGGCUGGACAAGAAAUCCCACUUAAGAAUAUUAAUUACUGCUAAAUGCUUAAUUACAGCUCAAUGCAAUAAAAUUUAUGUAUCUCAUUAAUUAAAGAGCUUAAACUUGGCGUACAAGACAAGAUAUGUAUAUAUGUUCUUUCUUUGAUCUAAAAGAUUGUUAUUGUAAUAUCGAAAAUCCAAAAUCCCCCUCCCUUUCUCUAUUUCUUUCUCAAAUUGCAUCAUCUAGAAACCAAACAUGGAGGCUGAUGAAGAUCAACAAUACCCCUCUCAUAAUGUCAAUCUUUUCGAUGGGAAUCCAUCUCCUAACAAUAAUUUCAACUCAAUGUUCCAACCAAACCCACAGGAUGAAGACGUCCAUGUUCAUGACUAUGUCGACAAUCAUGACCUAGUCCACUACCGUCAUCAACAACCAUUUGUUGUGACGGAUCAAGAGAAGAGGUUAAGGAGACUGGCGACUAAUCGAGAAUCAGCAAGAAGAUCGCGGAUGCGUGAGAGGAUGAUGAAAGAAGUGUUGCAAAUGCAAGUAAAACAACUCAUGGCGUCCAAUCAAUAUAUAUUGUCUAACAAAUAUAUUAGCUUGUUGGAGUACAAUCACCAGAUCUUGCAAGAGAAUUCACAGCUCAAAGAGACAGUUUCUUCCUUUUAUAAUCAAUAUACUAUAUCUUAUGGAAACCAUGAAGAUAUACUUGGAAACAUCAAUGAUUAA